AUAAAUCGUGGCCCCCUCCUCCUCGUCGUCGUCGUCGUCCACGGUUUGUCUGUUCCGAGAUCGCGCGCCCGUGGCCAAAGCGGCGCGUAGACGUCGUCGUCGCCGAUCCGGGAGCGUCCGCGGGCGAUUCGGCAUCGGUUUUCAACCCCGAUCCCGAUCAGGGGAACUUCAGUCCUCCGUGGUCCGCGAAACCGUCAGCUCCGUUGGCCCCACCGGGACCAAGAGAACUCUCGCAGCCGGUCACCGCGAAUGCAUUCGCGUCGUUCACCAUUAUACGGGAGACAUGCUGUACAGUUCUCAGUGACAAUCGAUAACAGUGACAACACGGGUGUCGUACACGCGAUCAACGAAACAUGAAUUGCUACGGGAAGGUGUUGCUGGUAGCGGCGGUCUGCUUGCUGGGGUGCCGCGCCAGCCCGGCCGUCACGUCGAACCGCGAAGUCAUGGUCGAGACCAUGCCAUUGUACACGGUCCUGAACAAUCUGAACCUUCUGAACGGCACGCAGUGUCGCGCCGAGAUGCAACAGCUGCGAGACGCCAUCGACGCUAACGUCUUUUGGGCCAUGAGACUUCUGGACGUCAGCGGAAGUCCCGGGGCCGGGUUCACGAUCGGGAACAACUUCUGGCCGGGCAGUCGGCUGGGGUGCGAUUACAUCAACGACAAGAGGGUGCUGCCGCUGUCCACGAGAUACAAGAAAAAUAUUUCGAUCUAUCGGGACCCCGAGACCGAGUUCCCUCCGUUCAAGGUGCAGUACUAUGUCGCCAGGUUCCUGCACAACAGCACGUGGCAGUAUCAUAUUGGGAUUCACGGCGAGGAUAGAAUGGUGCUGGGAUUAUGCUUGCCAUCCACCUGCACCGCGAACGAGUUAAGGCUAAUCAUAGAGAAGAUCUUCCGUGAUAGGACACUCCUAAUUGGGCAGCUGUACCGCGCGGACUUUAUGUUGGUCAAGGUGUCCGAUGUGACGAACGAUUAUCAAUGGCUGUUGAGCGGUCCGAAGAUGUUAAUCAUAUUUGUAUUGUUGCUUGUCAUUGGCCUGGUCGUGUUCGCCACGGUGUACGACGUAAUGGUUUACCAAAAACAGCUGUUGAAGAAGAGGGACUUCCUCACGUUCGAGAACAAUAACACUGCCGAUCUGAAGAACGACGUGGAAGCGAAACACGAGCCGGAAACGGAAAACAUCUCGUUGGAGGAGCACAAGCCGCAGAGCACGAAGGAGAAGCUUCUGAUAUGCUUCUCCGCGUAUUCGAACGCGAAGCAGAUCUUCAAUUUGGAAAUUGGAAGGGACUCGGUGCCGGCGCUGCACGGUAUCAAGUUCUUGAGCAUGUCGUGGAUCAUUUUCGUGCACGCCGCGUACUUCAGCAACAAUUACAUGGCGAACACGUCGUUGGGCGUGAUAUACACCGACGAGCUUCUCCUGCAGAUAAUCAGCAACGCUACGUACUCCGUGGACACGUUCCUCUGCAUAAGCGGGUUCCUGAUAGGCUUCAUAUUCAUGAAGGUGAUGCGCAAGGAAAAACCGGUUCUGAAUCCCGGACUGUGCGCGAUGCAGAUCUCCCUGCAAACCGUCAAACGAUUCAUUAGACUCACGCCAACGUACCUGACCGUGAUACUGCUCGCGAUAUUGAACUAUGAUUACUACUCCAAGACCUCGAGUUACCAGAUCUACGAGGAGCCGAGCUACUAUUGUUCCAAAUACUGGUGGCGGAAUCUGCUCUACAUCAACAAUUUCUACUCGUGGGAUGAACUGUGCCUCAGCUGGAGCUGGUACGUGGCCAACGACAUGCAGUUCUUCGUGUUCGCCACAAUUCUGCUGAUGCUGUACAUCUGGCGAUCCUACGUCGCUCUCGUUUUGGGCAGUCUAACGUUGCUCGUCUGUAUAGUAACGAGCGGGUAUACGGCGUACGCCCUCGAUUAUGUUCCUUCGGUAGACGCUGUGCACAGGACGCUGACAGAAUUGUACAUUCGUCCUUGGCUCAGGAUCGGACCGUUCCUUAUAGGAAUAGCCACCGCGCUCAUCAUCGAUAAGUUGAACUACAAAGUGCAGCUUUCGACGAGGGACCGAACGAUCGGUUGGACUCUCAGCAUUCUGUGCAACUGCGGGAUCCUUUUCACCGGAGUGAAAAGAGAUCUGCCGAUCUACGGAAGCGUUAUCUACACCUCAUUGUCCAGAACAUUUUGGGGCAUCGGCAUAGCGUGGCUGACGUUCGCGUGCGUCACGAACAACGGAGGUAUCGUGAACAAGAUCCUGUCGUUCAAGCUGUUCAUACCAUUGAGCAGGCUCACGUUCUGCGCUUACCUCGCGAACCCGUUCAUCAUCAGCUCGGUGAACUUGAACAAUAAGUAUCCGCAUUACUUCGAUAUACUAUCAACGGGUAACAUGGCCAUCGGAAUGAUAGUGAUCACAUACAUCUGCAGCACGGUUCUCUCGUUGAUCGCGGAGGCGCCUGCCAUAAAUCUGUUGAGGAUUCUGUCGAAUCAGAAAAUGAUGAAAUGAGAGUCCGCGUGUUUCCUACAUUCCACGAUCAAUUGGGAAGGAGGACAGGCCCGUAGACAGUGAAUUUGCGCAACAUUCGUAAACGUCUUGCGUUCCCUUUCUUUCUCCUUUAUCAACGAGCGUAAUAUACACAGCGAUUGCGAAGUUCUUUUAGUCGAACGGUGCCCGCCGCUGGCUCCGGCGAGGGGAGCGAGAAGGAAG